AUGGCACAAAGCUUUCAAAACGUGACCCUUUCCCUGACUUUGCCCAUAUCGUGCCAGAUUUGUCUUGGAAAGGUCCGGCAGCCGGUCAUUUGUUCUAACAACCACGUGUUUUGCGCCACUUGUAUUGAAGUUUGGCUGAAGCAGGCGAGCCAGUGUCCAACCUGUAGAGUUCCCAUUACUCCAGAAAACCCAUGCAAAGAAAUCAUAGGUGCCACAAAUGACGCGGAGUCAAAUGAAAGCCAUUUAGUCAAGAAGCGUCUCAGGAAAACCAGGGGGGAGCUGCUUCUGAGAGAGUAUGAGGAUGAAAUUGAAAUCCUUCUCAAAGAGAACGAGGACUUGAGAGGCAAAAACCUUAACCUCGAAACGCAACUUAAGACAGUCCUGGAUCCCAGCACCGUAUCGGUGUCCAACACUGAGGCCAAGGUCGUUGACCCGAGUACGCUAGAGGAGUGGGCCAAUAAGCUGAGAGCAGCCAAUGACCUCUACAAGAGGGUCAAACAGGAUAUGGAAAAGAUAAAAGAGGCUAACAAGACUCUGAGAGCCCAGAAUGUUGACCUCAUCCAGGAAAAUAUGCGCUUGAAAGCUGAGGUCGAGAACAGGUCUCCUCAAAAGUUUGGCAGGUACACAGUAGCAGCCUUGGAGGCAAAGAUUAAUCAGUAUGAGCGCGAUGUGACCCACCUGAAGAGGGCGCUAGAGCGCAGUGACAAAUACAUAGAGGAACUGGAGGCCCAGGUCCCUGUAAACCAGAGAGAGGCCUCUGGAUCCAAAGACGAUGCCCACUCAGAGAGCACCGCCGCUGGGGAGAGAGGAGCUGGCGGGACGGGUGUUGCAGAACGCAGCGCAAUCGUCACCAUGCGGAGGAGCCUAAGCGAGAUGGGGGAGACGUCCGUCCGCACAGACCUGGGCGGGAACCCCGAAGACGUCCCCUAUAAGCAAGGGCUCCUCCUCGCGACGACCUCUGACCCGUGCCGCGGGAGGUGCUUUCAGAACGAGGCCGUGACUCCUCGAAAAGGACAAGCGGGGGUCGGAGACGUUGGGAUGAAAGAAUCCGGCCGUGGCUCCCUCAGUCCCUCCACCCCCUCCUCGGCACUCAGCUGCCUGAGUCUGAAGAGCCCCGUUGUCGUUCUUGAACGAAAGGCUGAUUUCAAACCCCUCACCUAUCUAAGAAGGCUCAAUUUUGAAGAUUGCUGCGGCUCGGACAGUUCCAGUGCCUCGGUGUCGGGGCACCAGAGCUCAAACGCCAGGGGUGGCACUUCACUCAGUCAGAGGUCCAAGGUCACUCCUCAGAAAGACGUCUUAUGGGGGGGCUGGGAAGACCCCGGGCCCUCGGAACCGUCCCACCAGAGACGAAACGAGAGAACGCCAACAGCUGGGACGUCAUCGUCAGAAGGUCACGAAGGGAGGGUAACCGACGCCUUCAGGGCAUCCAGCGAGGAAUCCAUGGACGCCGCGUACCUGGACAAGAUCUCUGAGCUCGACUCGAUGAUUUCGGAAGGGGAGGGCUCCAAUGGUCAAAAAUCUCACCUUUCCCUUAUGUUGCCCGGAUCUUCGGACUUCGGCUCAGUACCAGAGCCGGAGGCUCACGCUGGUGUCAUGACUGAUUUGAGCUCUGGAAGCAGUCACCAGGGUCUGAUUCAGAGUCACGAGAGCAGCGAGAGGAUGAGUAAUGACGCCAUUGCUGGAUCUGCUGAGGGUAUGACACUCAUUGGGACAUGUGGAAAAGACAGAGGCACGGUGGAAAAUCCACGUCAGUCCACCAAACGGAGGUGUCACAGUGCCCUAAGCAUCUCCAGUCCUUCCAAACUGUUCAAACCUACGUGA